UGAUUGUUUUGUGCAAAACGAUAAUAAAUUAUAAAAAAAUCUUUUUAAAAAUAUUAUAAAGGACACAAUAAUCUAUUUGGUACCAGUUAUGAAAGACCAGAUAUUUUGAUAACGAGGAGCUGGGAAAAGCCCAUAGUAUAAUCCAGCCGGCUUCAAAAUGACUUCGAUUAUUAAGUUGCACUGCCUCUCAGGGGCUGGUAAUGAGGCUCCACCAUGCUAUGUACUACAGAUAGAUGAAUUUAAAUUCCUCUUAGACUGCGGAUGGGAUGAAAACUUCGAUAUGGACUUCAUAAAAGAACUUAAAAGACACAUAAAUACAAUAGACGCAGUCCUAAUAUCACAUUCGGACCCCAUUCACCUUGGAGCCCUACCAUAUGCAGUUGGAAAACUUGGUCUCAACUGUCCGAUAUAUGCCACCCUACCGGUCUACAAGAUGGGUCAAAUGUUCAUGUAUGAUUUGUACCAGGCACAUAGGAAUGUAUCAGAGUUCGAUCUGUUUACGUUGGAUGAUGUUGAUGCUGCCUUCGAUAGAAUUGUGCAGUUGAAGUAUAAUCAGAGUAUUGAUAUGAAAGGAAAAGGCUUAGGACUUCGUAUAACACCGUUGCCGGCUGGCCACUCCCUCGGUGGCACAGUAUGGCGUAUCGCAGCUCCAGGGGAAGAAGACAUAGUGUAUGCUCCUGACUUCAAUCAUAAGAAAGAAAGACAUUUAAACGGAUGUGAGAUUGAGAGACUUAUGAGACCAUCUCUGAUGCUGCUCGGAGCAAUGAAUGCUGACUAUGUGCAGCAAAGGAGACGAUUGAGAGAUGAAAAGCUUAUGACAACGAUCUUGACAACACUGCGGGGUGGUGGCUGUGUACUGGUCUGUACUGACACUGCGGGCCGAGUAUUAGAGCUGGCGCACAUGUUGGACCAACUCUGGAGGAACAAGGACUCCGGGCUAGUCGCAUACUCGUUACUACUCCUCUCCAACGUCAGCUACAAUGUUGUGGAGUUUGCCAAGUCUCAGAUAGAAUGGAUGAGUGACAAGUUGACCAGAGCAUUUGAGGGAGCUCGCAGCAAUCCAUUUGCCCUCCGUCACCUUCAACUAUGUCACUCAGUCGGUGAGGUCAGCCGUACUCCGGGGCCCAAGGUCGUAUUAGCUUCCUUCCCAGACUUGGAGUGUGGAUUCGCGAGGGAUCUGUUCCUUUUAUGGGCUCCGAAUCCUCAGAACUCCAUUGUUUUGACGGCUCGGUCCUCUCCAGGCACCUUAGCACGCGAUCUUAUAGAGAAAGGCGGCGACCGCACCAUAGAACUGAACGUGCGACGCCGCGUCAGACUGGAGGGCGCUGAACUCGAGGAGUACAUGCAGAACCAGAGGGUCAAACUCAAUAAUACUGUCAAAGAAGAAACAGCGGGUAUAUCAUCAGAUUCGGACUCCGACGGGGAGCUGGAGAUGUGGGUGGUGACGGGUAAGCACGACAUACCCGUCCGACACGACGUCCGCGCCGCCGGCUGCUUCAAGACCAACAAGCGGCACCACGCCAUGUACCCCUUCCAUGAGGAACGGACCAGGGCCGAUGAUUAUGGGGAGAUGAUUAAGCCUGAAGACUACAGACUGGCUGAAAUUGUGGAUGCAGAAGGCGAGAUCAGAGACGUACCUCCCGCCCCGCCACCGAAACAGGAGCCUGAUGAGGAGAUGACAGAGAUACCAAGCAAAUGUGUAUCGUCGAUGCGUCAGGUACAGAUCAAGGCGAACAUUCAGUAUAUCGAGCUGGAGGGUCGUUGCGAUGGAGAGUCUUUAUUACGCGUCGUCACGCAGGCCAAGCCGCGCGCCAUCGUUGGUCUUAGAGCUAACCCCGGAGCCCUGUUGACUCUUAAGAAGCACUGCGAAGCUGAAGGUAUUGAGAAGAUCUACAUUCCGUCUGUCGGCGACAUCAUUGACGCAACCACAGAGUCUCAUAUCUACCAAGUCAAGUUGACAGAUAGCUUGAUGUCAGGCCUGGCGUGGCGGUCUGCCGGGGACACGGAGCUGGCCUGGCUCUCCGCUGUAGUCACACCCAGGGCCCACCAACGGGAGAACACUACUACCUCGGAAGAAGCAACGUCGGACGUGUCAAUGUGCCUGGAGGCGGCGCCGGGCGGGGCGCACUCGGCGUCCUUCAUUAACUCGGUCCGACUCUCGGAGCUCCGCGCCGCGCUCUCCAAGCUCGGCCUGUCCACCGAGUUCACUGCGGGAGCCCUAGAAUGCUGUAAUGGAACUCUUGCUAUACGCCGAUUGGAAAAUGGUCGAGUAGCACUGGAAGGUGUCCUAUCAGAAGAGUACUACAAAGUGAGGGAACUCCUGUAUGAACAGUUCGCUAUAGUCUGAUACUUGAGUAUUCAUACGUUACUGAUAGCUAUUUUGCUGUUUCGGUAACUGUAUUGUAAAUAUUUUGUUACACAUUUUAAGCAAUAAAAUAAAUGAAGAAAGGUG